GUCCGCAUGACGCGGAUGAGUUGAGAUUAAAGAUGUUGAUUCAGGGGCUCUCGAUAAUCUACGGAGCAAGCGAAGUGCCCAAACUCAGAAUUGGGAUCGUUGGGGCUGGUGCGACCGGAAUAGAACUCGCUGCAGAAAUUCAUCACACGAUUGAAUCAUUAGCAAUGACGGGAUUCAAGUUGGACAAUUUGGAAACCACAAUAAUCGAAGCGAGUCCUCGUAUACUUUCCAUGGCAGACGAGAAGCUCGCCCAAUUCGCCAAGGAAUCACUAGAAAAGAAAAAUAUUCAAAUAUUGACCGACACAAAGAUAACCGGAGUCACGGAUAAGGGUUUCAUCCUAGGAAAUGGGACUUUCUUGAAGAAGGAGCUCCGCGUCUGGACUGCAGGGGUCAGGUUAGCAAUUAAUGUUCUUCACAAAAAUUAUGAUAUUACUUGAUAAUUAAUUAUAAGCGUCGCUCACAAUUAGAUCACCCCGCUGGCUGACCAAGACUGGGCUUUCGACAAACCACCAGUCUCGCAUUUUGACUAACGAUUACCUCCAAAGCGUCGAUGACCCCGACGUCUUCGCCAUAGGAGACUGUUCCGCUACACAUGUCCAGCCCGGGAUGCAGGGUCACAUAAAAAUAUUACCCACCACGGCCCAAGUCGCACACCAACAGAGCGUCUGGCUGCGGCAUUAUUUGAAGAAGCGUAUCAUCGAUGGGGACACGUCGGGCGCGGCCCCGUUCGAGUUUAGAUCGCAAGGAUUCUUGGUUUCGCUAGGUCACCGUACGGCUGUCGGAUCGUUGGCGAUUAUUCGAGGGAUGAAGGACUACCAGGUUUAUUCUUAAGAAUUCGCAACAUAUUUAAGUUGUCCUCAUGAAUUUCAUGUUUGUGCUUAGGUAAAAGGUCACUUGGCGAAGGGGUUAUAUGUCACCCUUUAUAGGAAGCAUCAGGCCGCAAUAUUUGGCGUGCCAAAGAUGUGUUCGCUCUUAAUUGGAGAUCAAUUCCAUUACAUGGCGAUGCCUGAGCUAAAGUUUCAUUAGGAAGAUCCAUCUGCAUAAUAUGAUAACUACUUUGGGUUGUACGAAAUCAUGUUGCAUUAUUUCUAUAAAAAAAACUUUUACCAAUUUUCGGGCCAAUUAAUUACUUAUCCGGCGAUUUUUGAGAAAGAAUAAUAAUUAAAUAAUUACACAAUUAAAACUAUGUAUAACUAUUCUGCAUUGUUAUUUUUAAUUCCAUAUGCAUGUAAAUACCUAUGUAAUUGACUCGUUAAAUUAAAUUUUCUCAAGUCCCAUUAUUAUUUAUUGCAAUAAUAAGCCCAUAUCUUUCUUAACUUGUCUAUAUACGUGAAUUCUGCGAUGCGUAAAACAUACAAUGGUCGGACUAACAAUCCAAUUUUUUCAUUACUACAGACACAUUUAUCUCUCUAAUUACAACAUCUUAAUUAAUACCUACCUAACCAAACAAUGAAUGUAAGGAGAAGCCCAAUUUAUGUAUUGCAUACCUAACAAUUAGACCGGUCGGCCACCUUUGAAAUCAUUUUAAUUAAAGGGGGAUUCAAUUCAUGGCGUGAGUUUCGUGUCUGGAUGCUGCGAAUAGAUCAAAUAAACGAGAUAUGAUCUUUAUUACAUCAGAAUAUCACAGGACAUGACCAAGUACUAGAUUUUUAACCAAGACACAACAAAGAAUUUGGUUUACAUUUUAUCCAAUUUUUUUUGCUGAAUCUGACACUGAAUUCAUUUUUGGUAGGUAAACUUUACGAAUUAUGUAGUAAUGCAUUUUUCGCGUAAUAUGUACAAGUGUAAAAAUGCCUGUAGAAAUAAUUGUGAAGCCAGGUUUCUGAUGCAGCAACAAGUUUUUGCGAUUUCUUGGUACAACUAGUUUCUCAGAGUUAGUGCUUGGAGUCUAUACGCGUAAUUGAUGUUACCCAGUAGAACGCUAUAGUUGUUUAUUGUGCACAAUCUGCCAUCAUUACUAUUUACUUAGCCCAUUCUUUUUUGUCGUAGUACUGGUCAGGGCUACUUUGCACGCAGGUAAAUCCCCCAAAAAACGCAUUUUACCUCGUAACACAAUGAAUUUAAACCACCCACUUUAUUACACAAAGUAAUUACGCGAGAAAUAAAGUGCUCAUCACACAAACAAAUUCACACGACACAGAUUAUGUGCAGAAUUGUGCCAAUUACGUAUGUUAAUAUGUAUACCAAUUUCUGG